ACGUGUACACACUGCGCAUGCUCGACGAUUUUUACGUCGUUCCUGCUGGGUGAUCCCAACUUCCGACGAAAGAGGAGAAGUGUUCACACGAUUACUCUGACAAGGCCUGUCGUUACUCACCCGUAGGUAGUUGGACGGGGUGUCGAUAAUAGCCAUGGCUAUGUGAUUGCCAACAAGUCAACUAAUUAACUUUUUAAGAUAUAAAUACACGACGCUGUAGACGCUACUUUGAGUAAACGCCACAUCACCAGAGCAACGGAUUUAAUCAAACGUUACCCGCGACUGCCAGCUAGUUAGCUAGCUAAAGACGCAGCUAGCUAUUCGCCAACUAAGCACCUCUAAAUUAGAUCCUUGUGUCUAUUUCAAGAUGUCAACUGCGGGGUUCAACUCUCAGAAUGGGACAGGGACGGGACAGGCUUACGCGAAUGGUCCAUCACAGAAUCCAGUUGGCUUGCAACAGCUGCCAGGACUCGGCUAUGGCAUGAGUCACCAACCAACCUACAGCCCAGUGCAGGCCAAAGCUCCUGCACCGCCUGGCCCAGGACUCUAUCCCACUGGGCCAUACCAACCUGUCCCCCCAGUCAGUUCCUACCAGCCUGGCCCACCACCCACUUCCUACCCAGCUCCCCUAGGCCAGUCGCUGUUGACCAGGCCUGCAAUGGGAGUUCCUUCAUCCCAUACACCUCCUCAGUCUGCCAGCCCUGGUCCUGGUCCUAGGCUGCUCCCUGCACAAGCUACACCACCCCCUACUGCUGUGCACUACCCAAACCCACAGCAACCGCAGCCCAUGGCUCCAGCCUGGCAAUAUAACGCAGCUCCCCCACCAAUGGGACUACCCACAUCCACAUCCAUGAGCACACCUCCUCAUGGCCCUGUUGGUAAUCAUGUGACCCCAUCUGCAAGCUCGACAGCACCGCUGCCACCAUCAUCGGCAGCUUACAGCUCUGCACCACCAGCCCAUGUGACCCAUGGUCCCACCCAGCCCCCAGGCCCAAGGAUGCCCCCUGCCUCUGCACAUGGAUUGACGCUGCAAGGCACUGCACCUCCGCCAGUGAAUCACAUGGCCCCUCACACAUACCAACCAAGCAGAGCUCCCUAUGCCUCCCCACCUACAGGUCCACCACUAACCAUGAAACCCACACCACCCCCCACUGGACCCCCAAUGGCCAGUGCCACACCUCCACCCCCCAAGGCCGAUGCUCAGUGUGGGGGGGUUGUUAACAGCACUCAGUCCCCCACUGAACCCAACUGCCAAGAGGGGGAUAUUGAAUGUCCAGGAACUGUGGCUGGCAAUGGCCCACAAGCACCAAACAGCUACAAUCAUGUUGACAACAAAAUGGCUGGCCUGCCCCAGCCUGGACCACCAGGUCGGCACUUGGGCCAUUACCCCUCCCUCCCCCCUGGGUACCAGAACACCUCGACCCCACACAAUGCCGCCUCCCCCAUGCAUCCCGCGAUUCAGGCGGCCACGCAGCCUUACACUCAAGCACCUCAGCCAUACCAGCAGCAACCUGGUGGCCCAGGGCCAGCCCAGCUGAGUCCAUCACUGGCAGCCAUGAGCCUCCAGUCCAGCACCCCAGAGGCCCUGAGAGUGGUCAACCUGCUGCAGGAGAGGAACCUGCUUCCGCCAAGCCCGAUCCCUGCCCCAACACCCUGCCUCCCACAGGACCUGCAGAAGAUCAACUGCAACCCAGAGGUUUUCCGAAGUACGCUAACCAGCAUCCCUCAGAACCAGUCUCUGCUGAAUAAGGCCAAAAUGCCCCUGGGCCUACUGCUCCACCCCUUCAAAGACCUCUCGCAGCUUCCUGUGGUGACAUCCAGCACCAUCGUCAGGUGUCGGUCCUGCAGAACCUACAUCAACCCCUUUGUCUCUUUCUUGGACCAGAGGAGGUGGAAGUGCAACCUGUGCUAUCGGGUCAAUGAUGUUCCAGAGGAGUUCAUGUACAACCCAGUCAGCAGAUCGUAUGGAGAGCCACACAAGAGACCGGAAGUACAGAACGCUACCAUUGAAUUCAUUGCACCUUCAGAAUACAUGCUGAGGCCACCACAGCCUGCUGUUUACCUCUUUGUUCUCGACGUGUCCCAUAAUGCAGUGGAGACGGGCUACCUGCAUGUGUUCUGCCAAUCACUGCUGGACAACAUCAAUUCGCUUCCAGGGGACUCGCGGACAAAGGUGGGCUUCAUCACCUUCGACAGCACCAUCCACUUCUACAACCUCCAGGAGGGACUUUCCCAACCCCAGAUGCUCAUCGUGUCUGACAUCGAAGAUAUCUUUUUACCAACACCAGACAGCCUUCUAGUAAACCUCAAUGAAUGCAAAGAGCUUGUGCAGGACCUGCUGAAGAGCCUGCCAAAUUUAUUUGAAAAGACCAUGGAGACCCAGUCUGCCCUGGGUUCAGCUCUGCAAGCAGCCUUCAAGCUCCUGUCGCCCACCGGAGGGCGGAUGACUGUCUUUCAGACCCAGCUGCCUAACCUCGGCGUGGGGGCCCUCCAGUCCAGAGAAGACCCCAACCAAAGGGCAUCUGCCAAGGAUGUCCAGCACUUAUCCCCAGCAACAGACUUCUACAAGAAGCUGGCUCUGGACUGCUCCGGCCAGCAGGUGGCGGUUGACCUGUUCCUGCUCAGCGCUCAGUACUGCGACCUAGCAUCGCUCGGCUGCAUAUCCAGAUACUCUGCAGGGAGCGUUUACUACUACCCCUCCUACCACCACCAGCACAACCCCGCUCAGGUUGAGUGCUUCCAGAAGGAUCUGAAGAGAUACUUAACCAGGAAGAUUGGCUUCGAGGCAGUCAUGAGGAUACGCUGCACCAAAGGUCUGUCCAUCCACACGUUCCACGGAAACUUCUUUGUGCGCUCCACAGAUCUGUUGUCCCUUCCCAACGUGAACCCAGACGCAGGCUUUGCGGUUCAGAUGUCCAUUGAGGAAAACCUGGACGACAUGCAGGUCGUCUCUUUCCAGGCUGCGCUGCUUUACACGUCCAGCAAAGGAGAGAGGAGGAUCCGUGUCCACACCUUGUGUCUCCCUGUGGUCAAUUCUCUGUCAGACGUCUUUGCUGGAGCUGAUGUUCAGGCCAUCACUGGACUGUUGGCUUGCAUGGCUGUGGACCGCUCGGUGACAGCCAGCCUGAGUGACGCCAGGGAUGCGCUGACCAACGCUGCCAUCGACUCUCUGACUUCGUACCGGCAGUCUGUGUUGACCAUCCAGCAGCCCGGCCUGCUGUCCCCAGCCUGCCUCAGACUCUUUCCCCUCUUCAUCCUUGCCCUGCUCAAACAGAAAUCCUUCAGGACAGGCACCAGCACCAGGCUGGAUGACCGGGUGUUUUCCAUGUGCCAGCUGAAGUACCAGCCGCUGGCCUACACCAUGCUGAUGAUCCACCCUGAUCUGUACCGUGUCGACGAUCUCACCGAUGAGGGAGCUUUGAACAUCAACGAGCGGACCAUCCCUCAGCCCAGACUGCUGCAGCUGUCGGUGGAGAAGCUCAGCAGAGAGGGAGCUUUCCUCAUGGACGCUGGAACAGUGAUGUAUUUGUGGAUUGGACGGAACUGCAACCCCAACUUCCUCACACAAGUCCUGGGAGUUCCCAGCUAUGCUACUGUGCCUGAGAACCUGUAUCUGCUACCAGAGCUGGACACUGCCGAGUCACAGAGAACCAGAGCUUUCAUUGGCUGGCUGAGGGAUCAGAGGCCGUUCUUCCCCGCCCUGCACGUCAUCAGGGACGAGAGCCAGCGGAAAGCCAGCUUUAUGCAGAACAUGAUCGAGGACCGAACGGAGUCGGCCCUGUCGUACUACGAGUUCCUGCUUCACCUUCAACAGCAAAUCUCCAAAUAAACUUCAGUGGGACUGUGGAGACGAGGGAGGACUGAAGUGAGGACUUGCAUUGGUUUGUGUGUGUGUGUGUGCGUGUGUGUGUGUGAAAGCAGUGGGAAGCAGACUGAAGGAAUCUCCAGCUGUGGUGCACCAUCUGAGGGAAAAGCUCCUGAGCUCAACUGAUAUGAAGCAUCACUCAAAUCAAGUUGCGUGAUGGACAAUGCGAGUACGGAGAGCGACAGAGAAACAAUUCAGAUGCUUAUUUGGCACUUUUUUCUUUACCCAGCUGAACCAACGCGUUUGGGGGAAAAAGGCAAGAAAUCCAUGAUGAUGAUGAUGAUGAUGAUGAUGAUGAUGGCGGUGAUGAUUACGUAUGUCAGUGAUUGAAUGAAUCAGUGUUUAUUCUCAUAGAACAGUUCUAUCUUACUGAAGUAUCAUUCAGAUACAGUCCAUGCAGAUGGAUGUGUGAAAUGUUUUCUGUUCAAAAAGCACAGUUGUCCUCACUAAAACAAGUCAAACUUAUGUAUGUAUGUAUGCUAAAGACUAGGUUUAUCAUGUUUAAUAUGUUUGCGCUCAAAGACUGUUAUUGGGUGUUACCUUGGGUGUUUGUAUGCAGAACAACUGAGCUCUAACAACACUCUUAAUAUCGUACCCCGAAGGACAGAACAUGUGCUUUUUAUUUCUCAGUCAUUAUAAUUGUGUGUCGAACAAAUCCAUUGACUCUGGCGUUAAAAGACGGAAACGUUAAAGGUGUUUGAUGGCGGGUCGACCCUCGUCGUCGCCGCUGCCUUGAAUGUGUGGACUCAGCAGUGGAAAGUUGUUUCCUUUGGUCUGAUCUGUCCUUCAGAAUCUCUCUGUCAUUUUUUUUCUGUCUCUGGACAUUCAGAACACCUCUGACAACAUCGCUGUUCUGUUUGUUUAUUUCUUUUUUUUUUUUUUCUUCCUGAUAAUCUAAUAAUUUAUGAGACUCCCAAUCUGAUUAAAUUCUAUAAUUGCCUUGUAUGGGAACUCACUUUUUAUUAUUAAACCUCUGUUCAAAUACAGACUCUAUCUAUGAAAUAUUUUAAUAUAAUAGGAUAUGGGAAAUUCUUUAACACAGACAUAACAAAGCCAUUGUGAUCUUUUAAUCAUACUUAUUGAUACUUGUAUAUUGAAAAGACUGCAUUAUAUAAAGAAGAAAUGCUGAUGAUUUUAGUAUAAACAUUAAGCUGAAAUGACGCUAAGAGAAUAAAAUGUUUGGGACUUUUUAAAUGUAGUUUUGUGUUUUGCUGGGUGAACAAUGUUUAUUCAGAGCAAGUGAAGACUACAAAACAGAACAUGGACCAAGAAUAGUCAGUUUUUCUCUCAACUGAGUGUGAAUUUUUUUCAUUUGAUCUGAUUUCAUACACUUUGUAAUCUAUGUAUUAUAUAAGCAAAAAAAUGUAUUUAGGAACAGACAAUUAUGUUUUGGUCUUCAUGCACAAAUUUGUCUUUCAUAAAAAAGAAAACUGCUGAAAA